CGGAUACAUUGUCGCCGAAAGUUUCCGCAGAAACAGCGAGAAAAAGUUAAUGAAGAAAAGGUGACCAGAUCAAAUAUGGCGUCAAAAGGUUGUAUUGUUGUCACAAAAUACUUCCUAUUUGUUUUCAACUUGAUCUUUUUUUUUCUUGGUGGAGUGAUGUUGGGAUUUGGCCUAUGGAUUUUGUUUGACAAAAACAGCUUCAUAUCCGUUCUGGAAACCUCUUCGAUCCCCCUCCACCUGUGGUCAUACCUGCUGUCCGGUUUGGGCACAUUCACCAUGAUGAUGGGAUUCCUGGGCUGCAUCGGAGCAUUGAAGGAAGUGAAGUGCAUGCUGGGGAUCUAUUUCACCUUGUUGGUGUUCCUCUUGGCCUCCCAGAUUACUGUCGGAGUUCUUGUCUACACCCAGAGAAGAUCGAUCGAGAAGCAGAUUGGCAGAGCCGUGCAGAACCUGAUCCAAACCUAUGAUGAGACCGAUGAGAAACUUCAGAACCUGGAGGAGAGUUGGGACUUCAUCCAAAUGCAAUUUUCUUGCUGUGGUUGGAAUAGCUCUCAGGAAUGGAUGAAAAACUCAAAGAUGAAGAACAGUUCGCUGAACAACUUCACCUACCCGUGCUCCUGUUAUAAUUCUUUCCCACAGAAUAUCACCAGCUUCAACUUUACCAAAGAAACUGGAUUCUGUUUUGCCCCCACAAACCCGUUCAAUGUCAUCCUGAAGAGCUGUAAGACUAAUGUGUUCGAUUGGAUGAGGGAAAAUAUCUUCAGCAUCAUGAUUGUCUCGAUUGGUGUGAGUUUAGUGGAGCUUUUUGCAAUGACGUUAUCGAUGUUAUUGUGUAGGAAUAUCGACCCAGAUUACGACAAACUCAUUCGUUUUCAGUAACAACAAGGCUGCUGGGUUGCUCUGGAACAAAGGAAAUCCAGUGUCUUUUAUUCUUGGUUUAUAACUUCCUAUCAUAACUUUGCUUCCGGUUUGUGUUUAAUCCUUUUUGUGGAUUGCAACUGGGACUGGGAUCACCACAUCAGCUCUCGAACCAUUUCGAGGAGUAUUCGUUAUUCAGUGUUGACACAUGAUUGUAGAAAUCACCUGUUACUGGAGAAAUGACAUCACCCAAUACCAACUUCAAUCCAACUCAUUUUACCCAAAACCUAAUUCAAUCAAAUCAGCCAGGAGCCCAAAACAGAAUAUAACAAGCUUAUAUCAAAAAGCAUUGUCUAUAUUGGAGAGCUGUCAAAAAUGCAAAGAGUAAACCUUGGCCUUAUUUAAGGAAUCAUACAGUCUUCAUGAAAAUAUCGGUUUCUUCACAAAAUUGGUUGAAUAGACAUUGGGUAAUGGAAACACAAAUCAGCAGAAUCUAUUUUUGAAUAAUUUUAUGUGGAUUAAUUUUGAGCUUUAUUUUGAUGACCGCUGCAUGACUUGUUUGAAUGUGUUUGUUCAAUAUCAGUACAUCAGUGUAACCAAGUGGCCAAGGUACUUUCUGGAAUUAUUGACUCUGAUUUUUUUUGUGAGGGCAUGUGUAUAGAGGCUGUUGCUGUAUGACCACAUCCUCCAGACUCAUCUCAAAGAUUUCAUGUAAAUACAUUGUCCAAACUGCUUCUGGCUUGUGCAAACAAAGGAGAACUUGGGUGUAAAGUUGACUGAUCUGAGCAUACUUGAUAUGAAGGAUUUUACAAUUUGCCUCAACUUUAGUGGAGAAUGAGGAAAAGCAGGACCCUCAUCACUUUCCUGUAUCUGCAAAUGUAUGUGCAGUUGUCUGUAAAGUUAGGAACAGGCUUGUUAUGAUGCAUCUUAUGGGUGAACAUCCAUCAACAUUUUUCUACCUGUGCUUAAACCUGAAUUGUACCAAGUACUUGGCGAGUGAGUAUUCAUUAAUCAGUACAGAGUAACAUUCGGCUUCAGAAAUGAAACAAAUAUGCUUUAGACAAAACCUUCCAACCUGAAUCUGUGUAUAGGGAGCCUGCAGUUUUAUAUGAACAAUGUGAAAACUCAACUUAGCCUCAUCUGAUUGUUUCCUCUCAAUUUCCCACUCCAGCCCCUAACCAAUCAAAACCUUGGUUCAGAUUCCAUGAUUGAUCUUCUACCUUUUUCAUCAGAUGAUGGACAACUGAUAGGGCUAUAGUAUCCAGGAAAUCCUCUCGCUCAAGUUAAGGGGAGAUUUUCCCCCCAGAAAUAUGCAGCAGCUGACUCAACAUCUGGAAGAAUAAAUACAUUUCAUCUGGGUUCUGCCUGCAUGUUAUCUAACACCUUGUGUUUUGUUUACAACAUUCUUUCUAACUUGUCAAUCCUGUAUUACAAUUAAUGAAUUCUUAGCAGUAUUAAUCCUUCUAAGGGAGAUAGAGAUCAGUUCAUACUUAAUCUUGCAAGCCCAAAGGCAAGUCUACAUUGGUUGUAAUUCUGCGAUUGGGCAGCACUUGCUGAACUAAUAGAGGGUGCUGUUGGUGCAAUCCAACCAAUUUAGGAACAUCAGUCAAGCUCAUACAGUGAGAGUGUAAAUGACAGACAUUCACACACACGGAGUUGUUCAAAUCUUGCACUUAUGCAGGAGUAUGAGGACCCUAUAGUUUCUUCUGACUUUCUCCGUGGCAAUAUCUCAGCUAGUUAUGUUCAAUUUGCAAAUCAAUCAGCACCCUGUUCUUUAGUUUAAAUUAUCAUUUGACAAUUUUGCAUUUGGUCUGAUGAGUCCAGAAUGGGAACAUGUUUCACUCUUCAGAAGUAUUUCAGUUCUGUUUACCAUGUGACCAUAUAUAGAACUUCUUUAAAUGGUCAGUUAAAGUCAGUAAUGCCUGUGGUUUAGUUGAGCUGUGAAUGCUAAAGACUUGUUAUUGUUCUUGAUUCCAUGAUUCUAUCAUUCAUUCCAACACAACAAACCUGCUUUAUUCCCAAGGGGGUAAAGUGAUAGCAGACAGCACUGCCAGCCAUAGCAAGCACAAAUCAGCAAAUACUAGAAUAGCUUGAUGGAUUUGUCAGUAUAUUCUUGUAUAAACCUCCCAGGACCCUAUUCUGAUCUGUUUUUAUCUUUUUAAUAAAACUUUCAACCAA